AUGACAUGUCAAACUUCCCUGCCUAAAUAUUUACAAGAGGAUGAACUUAGUGAUAAGUGUAAGAAUUUGCUCUUAACUCUACCAAAAGAAAAAGGAUGGGUUGUAUCAGAUAUCUACAAUUACCAAGGUUUUUGGGCAACACCAAGAAUCAUCCAAGGUGUGAUUGCAUGUCAACAACAAUUUCAAGCUCAAGAUAGUGAUAUCAUUCUUGUUACAGCUCCCAAAUCAGGAACCACUUGGCUAAAAGCUCUUUUAUUCGCUCUGGUGAAUCGAAUGAACCAUCCUAUUUUUGAACAAAAACACCCUUUACUUGUCAAGAACCCUCAUGUUCUUGUUCCAUUCUUGGAGCAUACACUCUAUGUUGAUGGUCGAGUCCUUGAUUUUUCAUCCUUCACUUCACCUAGACUUUUGGCAACUCAUGUCCCCUUUGCUUCAUUGCCAAAAUCUGUCCAGGAUUCAAGAUCCAAACUUGUUUAUUUAUGUAGGAAUCCUAGGGACACUUUUAUUUCUAUGUGGCAUUUUGCAAAUAAUUUAAGACUUCAUCACAAAGACACCAAUUCCAUUGAAGAAAUGUUUGAUCUAUUUUGUGAGGGGGUGAGCUUUUAUGGUCCGUUUUGGAAUCACGUGUUGGAUUAUUGGAAACAAAGCAUAGAAAAGCCAAACAAAGUACUUUUCUUGAUGUAUGAAGGAAUUAAAGAGAAACCAAAAAUUCAGCUUAAACGUUUGGCUGAAUUCUUAGAAUGUCCAUUUUCCAUAGAGGAAGAAAACUCUGGAGUUGUUGAUGAAAUAUUAAGAAUGUGCAGUUUUGAGAAUUUGAGCAAUUUGGAGGUGAAUACAAAUGGAAAGAUGCCAAAUGGAGAGGAAAAUAAAGUGUUUUUUCGUAGAGGGGAAAUUGGAGAUUGGAAGAAUUAUUUUACUGUUGAGAUGAGUGAUAAACUCGAUCAUAUCAUUGAUCAAAAGUUUCAAGGAUCUGGAUUAAAGUUUUCGUAUAUUUGAUUAGACAUUGAUAUGCUAUAAUGUGAACUGAAUGUAGUUAUUUCUUUUGAAUAUCAAUGUUAA